AUGGUUUCCACACCCGUCACGUAUCAUGGAGCCCCGGUCCUGUAUGAGUUUCAGUUGCCUGUACUGGACUCUCAGCCAGAAUUUCAGGUUCAACAAGAAGUACAGACUGAACCUACCCUGCCUACACCGGCGAUGAAACAGGCCAUGCCUAAACAUAACGCGCUUGCUGAAAGCUUUCUUCGAUCGAUUCAGGCAAACUUCAUAUGCCCCAUCGCCGGUGACAUACUGCCCAGAGGGGCAUGCGGUCUAUGUCCGAUCUGCCGGUCAAACAGUUCGGUUCCAGGGAAUUGUCCUUUCAUCUAUUUGAGGGGGACCCAGGAUGCUGCGGUGUCCUUAAUGGAAGGAAUUGCCCGGGAGUUUCGCGAUGUUUCCGAGGAAGACAAGGAUUCCCAGGAUGAGGAGUUGAGGUCCUAUGCUCGCGGAACCAUAUGGGAUCACUGGAAAGUUCGAUCCAGGGUUGGUUUGGCUGUUUUGCACGACAUUCGGCAAGUUCGGCGGGAAGUAGACUUUGUGGACGUGGGUCGCGUUGUUUCGUGGGCCCGCGCCCAGCUGGCAGCCUCAGCCCAGCCAGCAGCCUCAGCCCAGCUUCCAUCCACGGUCGGAGCCUCGGCCCAGCUUCCCAUACACAUCUAUAAUCGUCCAAUCGCAAAACUACCAGCCAAGGUCAAGCCACCCUCCCUCGUCCAACAGUCUUUGACCAUACAUGCCUCUACUAUUCUGAUUAAUAAUGCUGGUAUCGACAGAGUUCUAGAGCCUAAGGGCUUGCACACCCAUAUUAUCACGUCACAUCUCCACGCGAGGUACAGAAAGUGCUUGGUUGAUCUUGAGUUUGUUGGCGAUGAUGACCCAACCCCCCUGACUUUGUGCCCUGCUUCAAUGAUCACUUCAGAUCCCAUGCCUUUGUCUGGCCUGAUUGUCGACAACUUUGUGAUUUGCGUCGCCCUUGUGCCGCCACUACUUGAGGGUCAGCAAGUCAUUGUGGACGCCGAUGCUUCUUCCCCUUGGAGUCCAGAUGAGUACGGCAUAGUGUUGUUGCCAUGA